AUGAAUGAAACAGUCAACCGGCAGUCUUGGGCUGAGAAAAAUCGAUUAGUACCUCCUGGGUGGACAGCGACUGUGUUAAACAAAAAGGAGCGGAGUGAUAUUUUUGGAUUUGAAGAUACUAAACAAGGGACGACAUUUGGAGAGAAGACGAAGAGUGUCUUAAAAAAUUUAGACGUGUUGUUGGCGACACUUGACUCGAGAGUUAAAACAGUGACGAUUCCGAAGUUCACAUUUCAACCAGUUGUCGAUCAUUAUCGCGACAUAUUAGUGUCUUCGUCGAAGCAAAAAGUUGAAACGCAAAAGGUCCUGAUCACUCAAAAAGCACAAGAGAAUGUUAAAGCGUUUCAAGAACACAUCGAAAACGAAAUCACAAAAUAUGAGGAGGCGGUCCGCCCCCUCAUCGAACUCAAAAAUUUGACGGACACAACACAAACGGAAAAUGCGUUUGAUGAAUUUAAUAAGUCGUAUACCUUAUUCAAACCAAUCACCGACUCAUACAUCACUAAAUACACGGAGGAAUAUCCUAAUUUGCUAGACUCGCAAAAAGUGUUAUCGGAGGCGUUGGACGAGUGGGAAAAGGAGAUAUCAAUACGUGGGCAUUUGAUUCAAGCCGUCCACAUCAAUUCACAACGACGGAUCACUGGAAUAUUCGAAGGACAUGAAGACAAAUUGGAACACCUCAAAUUUGAUGUUGGUCUACUUUUGAGGCUUGUCUUGUGUUUGACAAGUGCACUGAGUUAUGAUGGGGAUAGAAGACUGCGAGUCUCUGAAAAGUUCUUAGAAAAGAUCCUGCGAGACAAAGAAGAAAUCGACAGUGUCGCCCUUCAAGUAUUUCACAACGUCAAACCGAAGAUAAUGCACAACCUUCAAACGGAAAAGAUCUUAAAGACGGAAAAUAGUCUUAUUUUAAUGGGUGAUAUAGAGAAGACUAUUAACAAGAUGGUCAUCAAAGAGACUCCUAAACACAUUGACGGGUUUUGGGUCGAAGUCAAUAAUAUCCCUCCAAACGCUAACACCGACUUUGUUAUCACACUUUUUAAAAAGAUCGGUCAAGUCAAUAACACGAUAAAAAUUGUUGAUGGAAGGUGUCAAGUGCAAUAUAUGAAACUCGACGAGGCACUCAGUGCGUGUAAGUUGGACAACCGAACGAUCAAAAAUUCUACAAAUGUGUUGUCAGUAAGACUCCUCCAAUAA